AUGAGGAACAACCAAUUGUACUGCCAGACUCCACCCUCAAUUACUGUCCGGAUGAAACCUGUGAGAUCAAGAUCAAGCCAGCAAAGGAAAAGGACAAAAUUAAAGCAGUCAUGUGUACAAAAAGCUCAGAAAAUGCAUGGAAAGAAUACUAAUGUUAUUUCAAAAUCCAAGCAUACGAGAGGACCUUGUCUCAUUAUUCAGCGGCAAGAAAUGGCGGCUUUCUUCAAACUAUUUGAUGAUGACUUAAUACAAGACUUCCUGUGGAUGGAUUGUUGCUGUAAGGUCUCUGACAAGUAUCUUUUAGCAAUGACAUUUGUUUAUUUCAAGAGAGCUGGUUUUGAAAUAAGCGAACAAACGAGAAUGAAUUUCUUUGUUGCUUUAUACUUAGCUAAUACCAUGGAGGAGGAUGAAGAGGAAUACAAAUAUGAAAUUUUCCCAUGGGCUCUUGGAAAAAAGUGGAAGAAAUUAUUUCCAGAUUUCUUAAAGCAACGAGAUCAGCUUUGGGCAAAAAUCAGCUUUAGGGCAGCUGUGAGCAAACGCUGUUGUGAGGAGGUUAUGGCAAUUGCUCCAUCCCAUUAUAUCUGGCAACGGGGAAGGCCAUUGCAUCACAGUGGUGCUAUCAGAAGGUACACGCGAAAUGAAGUCAAAAUACCUCGGGGUCCAUGUGACACACCAGUCCAUUGUUCGCUUUGUGGCCAGAAAGAUGGUUUCCUCAGCAUGCAUAUAUCAUCAUCAUCGUCAUCGUCAUCGUCAUCAUCAUCAUCCUCCUCCUCCUGUGAAAGUUUGAUAAUAACUAAGAAAGACUUGUAUUGUUGUGGUGCUGAGCAGCAUUCAGAUAACACGGAAUUUAAUACCUACUAUUCCACAACUGGUAAGGAUCCCCAUUUUCGUGUACUCAUUAAAAUGUGGAAAGGAAUCAUAGAAUCUGCAGCACAAAAGGAGCUGAGUAGCCUAUGGCACUUAAGCCACUAUUAG